AUGGACGUUACCAAUGAUUCACCAUCCCCGUUACCCGCUUCGUCUGUGCGACCACGGUACGAAGUGGUCUUGAGCUUUAGAGGAGCGAAUUCGCGCAGGCAGCACUUCGGGAAUCGCCUUGUUGCCGGCUUUAGAGAUGCGCGCUCGAGCACACAUCCCAUGAAGGAUUUCGUGAAUAGCCUUCUCACCGGCUUUAGAGGAGCGGAUACGAAAAGGCAUUUAGCGAAUCGCCUCUUCGCCGGCUUGACCGAUGCCGGGAUAAGAGUGUUCAAAGACAAAAAGGAGCCCAAGGCAGAUAAGGAAAUAGACCCCGCCCUGGUGGAAGCGAUUGGACAGUCGAAGAUCUCGAUACCGAUCAUCUCGCCGGAGUACGUUGCCAGCAAGAGCUGCCUCAUGGGCCUGGCCAAGAUGUUGGAUUGCAGGGGCACCAAGAACCUUGCCAUCAUUCCCAUUUUCUAUGGCAUCAACCCCUCCGACAUUGGCUCCGGGGAUCACCAGAUCGAUAGCACGCUACUCGACUCCUGGAAGUCCGUCCUCCAUGAUAUUGGACAUUUGAAGAGAUAUUGUCUUGACCACGCAAGCGACCAGGAUGGCAGGCUCAUUUCCGAGCUUGUCUCCUAUGUGACUAGGCUGCUGAAGGAAGCUGAACUCGUUGGUACUUCCAUGCUAGUUGGACUUGAGAAUCAAUUUGUUAACAUGAUGCCAAGCCUUGAUGUCGACUAUCACAACAAACAAGUGGUUGAAAUACGCGGCAACAAGGUCCGAAUGGUCGGAAUACAUGGCAUUGGGGGGAUUGGGAAAACGACUCUUGCAAAGUUCGUUUACAACCAACUAUAUCCUCUGUUUGAAGGCUGUAGCUUUCUGGGAAACAUCCGAGAGAUAUCGAAAACCAAGCCCCUGGAGAAUCUGCAAAGCCAACUGGUUUCUGACCUGCUAAACCAAGAACCCAUAAGCUUGGGUUCCUUAGAAGAAGGUAUUUACUACAUCAAACAUAGGUUUCGCAUUAUGAGAGUUCUCAUUGUGCUCGAUGAUGUCGAUGAGAGGCAUCAACUCGAAGCAUUUGCUGGGAAUCUAAACUGGUUUGGUUCGAGAAGCAGGGUCAUUGUAACCACCAGAAAUGCCGGUCUUCUCAAUAUCCCUAAAGUGUUUAAAACUUACGAAGUUGAGCCUAUGGAUUCUGAUCAAGGCUUCCGUCUUUUCUGUCAACAUGCUUUUGGGGGAAGUUCUCCCCAUGAAGGCUAUGGUCGUCUGUCCAGGAAAAUUGUUUCCAAAACUGCAGGGCUUCCUAUAGCAAUUGAGGUUGUAGGAUCAUAUCUGUACAGACAAAACAAAAGAAAAUGGAAUGAGACGUUAAAGAAACUGAAGAAAGAGCGAGUUGAUACCGUCCACCGAAUAUUGAUGACUAGCUAUGAAGCUCUAGAUCAAGGGACAAAGGAUAUAUUUCUCGAUAUAGCUUGUUUCUUUAUAGGAAAGGACAAGACAAAUCCCUUCUACAUGUGGGAAGACUGCGGUUUUUAUCCUAGUAGUGGUAUCGAGAGUCUCCUUCUCAAGUCUCUGGUGAAGAUCGAAGAGAAUAACAAGCUCUCGGUUUAUAAUCCAUUAAGAGACCUUGGUCGAGCAAUUGUCUGCAAGGAAGACCCCGCGAACCCCGGGAGGCGCAGCAGGGUGUGGAAUCACAAGGAAGCCCUCGAUACCUUAAGGAGCAAAGAGGGACCGAAAAUGGUUCAAGCCCUCUGUCUCAAGUUCAACAAUGGUUCAGACAAUACUUUCACUCGUGAAGAAUUUGAAAGCCUGUCCAAGCUGAGGUUCCUCAAAUUGGACAAGGCAAACAUCGGGGGAAAUUUCAUGGAUCUACUUUCCAAUUUAAGGUGGCUCAACUGGCGAGGGUGCCCGGCAACCUUUGAAGCUGUGAACUUGCAUCUGAAGAACUUGGUGAUUCUUGAUUUAUCGGGGAGCAAGGUCAAUCAAGACUGGGGAUGGAGUCGAAUCCAGAUGCCACGAUUGAAAGUUUUGAACCUCACAGGGUGUGAUGAAAUGCUGAUAACUCCCAACUUCUCCGGUUACCCGCUGUUGGAGAUGUUGAUUCUUGAAGGCUGCUCUCAAUUGGUCAAGAUAGAUCCUUCAGUUUGUCGUCUACGAUCCUUGGUUUCCUUGAAUGUGAGAUCCUGCAGCAAUCUCAGUAUGUUGCCACAGGGAAUCGGUGAUAUGGAAUCACUGAAAGAGCUUCUCAUAGAUGGUACCUCCAUACACGAAAUCCCUGAAUCGAUAGCUCGUUUGAAGAAACUCGAAACUCUUGGUGCCUCCAAUUGCUACUCACUAAUUAAGCUGCCCUUGUCCAUUCGUUUAGAAGCUCUUUCGAUGCUCUUACUGGACAAUGCGAAGAUCUUUGAACUCCCUGAUUCAAUCGGAAGUUUGGUGAAACUUAAACGGCUGUCGUUGAGGGACUGCCAAGAGAUAGAGAAACUGCCAGAUUCUAUCGGCAAAUUAGGAUACUCAUUGGUGGAGUUGGACUUAUCGGGUACGCUUAUUUUGGAACUGCCCGACUCCAUGAGUGACCUGCGGCUACUGAGAGUUCUUAAGAUGGAGCGUUGUCAUGUGAGAAACUUUCCUAGUGCCAUUGGCAAGCUAAGGAAGCUGGAAGAGAUCCAUGCCUCCCACUGUAGGAGUUUGGAGGGAAGCGUUCCUAGUAACAUUGAGAAUCUACAAUUCCUGAAAAUUUUGAGGCUAGGAUAUACUGGUGUUUCGAGCCUACCAGAGUCAAUCCAGUUGCUAAGCCAUCUCCAGACCCUCGAUUUACUUGCUUGCGACAACCUUGAAACAUUGCCUCUGCUUCCCUCCAGUUUGACUCGUCUGCAAUUAAGUUCAAAGAAGAUGAGCUUAAUCCCAGAUAUUGAGAAUUUAGUUGAAUUGGAAGACUUGACCUUAGGCCAUGAAAAUCCCAAGAAGCUUCCUCCUUCAUCGCAGUCUCCUUGGACAGUAAGGUUUCCGAAGCUCAAGAGCUUAGAGUUGUCUCAUUCCCAAAUCGUUACAUUGCGAUUUGAGUACAGUUCUGAAUGCAAUCCUCAGCUCAAGAAAGUCGUCCUGACGGGCGCAAAUCUUCAAGGAGUAUCGGGGCUUCCCUCAUCAUUGUCUGUCCUGUCAAUCCACGGUUGUUUGUCGCUGAAGAGUUUGCCGACGGUUCACAACUUGAAUAACAUGUUGGAGCUGGAGCUCUUGAACUCGGCUGUCGAAGAGAUUGAAGGGCUCGGAUGGCUGACUAGCCUAGAGAUCUUGGUCGUGUCAUAUUGCCCGAUAGUACAUCUCAAAGGCCUUUCCAAAUUGAAAUCAUUGAAGAGAUUGUCUCUCAACAACUGCAAUUCCCUCAACAAGUUACCCAACAUAUCCAACCUCACCAUGUUGAAAGCCCUGGAAAUCCAUGGGUGCCCAAAGAUCCAGGAUUUCGAAGGCCUCGAGAAAUUGACAUCCUUGGAGGAGCUGCACGUGACUGACUAUGAGGCUAAAAGAUCAUCAAGAGUAACAGAUGCCCAGCAGAGAAUCAGGAAACGUUGGAGUACAUCCCCAUGA